AUGUCGUUGAGCCCAAAGCACACAACGCCGUUUUCAGUCACAGAUAUUUUGAGUCCAAUCGAGGAGACCUACAAGAAGUUCAGUGCCAUGGACGGCGCAGGGAACCUAACCUCUCCGCUGGGAGCCUACCGGCAGCCUCAGGUGUCUCAGACCGGCAUGCAGCAGCACUCCAUGAGCCACAACGGCGGCGUGGCGGCCGCCUACCACAUGCCGCACUCGGUGUCCCAAUUCUCCCACAGCGCCAUGGGGGGAUACUGCAAUGGGAACAUUGGCAACAUGGGAGAGCUGCCGUCCUACCAGGAGACCAUGAGGAAUAGUGCUGCAGCAACAGGCUGGUACAGCACCAACCCUGAUCCGAGAUACUCCACCAUUUGUAGAUUCACGGGACCUUCCGCAGGUAUGAACAUGGCGGGCAUGGGUGCCCUCGCGGGGAUGGGGGACGCCUCCAAGUCCAUGCCGGCCCUGCACGCUGCGCCCAGGAGGAAGCGGCGGGUCCUCUUCUCGCAAGCUCAGGUCUACGAGCUGGAGAGGAGGUUCAAGCAGCAGAAGUACCUGUCGGCGCCGGAGAGGGAGCACCUGGCCAGCAUGAUCCACUUGACGCCGACCCAGGUCAAGAUCUGGUUCCAGAACCACCGGUACAAGAUGAAGCGCCAGGCCAAGGACAAGGCGGCGCAGCAGAUGCAACAACAGCAACAACAACAGCAACAACAGGACGGGACCGUGUGCCAACAGCAGGCCCAGUCCCCGCGGCGCGUAGCCGUACCGGUUCUGGUCAAGGACGGCAAACCGUGCCAGAACGCCUCCAACACGCCGACGCCGAACCAACAAGCCGUGCAGCAGAACGGGGCCGGAGUGGUGCUGGGCCAGCACCAGAACCAGCAGCAGGUCAACGAUUUGGACCUGGAGGAGAUGUCGCCCAGCCCCCCCUCGCUGCACAGCCAGCUCAGCAUGGCCCAAAUAGACACUUCUGCCGUAGAUUACACCAGUAAUAUGGUCACCUCGAACCUCCUCUACGGCAGAACGUGGUAG